UCCAUAAUUAUUAAAAAAAAAUAAAAAAAUUUAUCGUACCCAGUCCAAAACAUGUUGGCCGCGCUACAACCCCCACCCUUCUCUUUUAUAAGCACACUCAUUCGUCUUCACUCGCCAUCCUUAUCGGCGACAGCGACCGUUUCGCAGCUUCAUUUCUAUUUCCACUCUCCCCGUAGAUCUUUCCGUACUGGCACUGCUAUGGCUGCUGGAAGUCACAACGACGUCGCCGGUCGGGAUCAACUCGUCGGAAACUGGUUCUCGGUGCCUGACCUCCGGCUUCGUGACCACCGAUUCACUGUUCCUCUUGACUACUCACGCAGGGAUUCCUCUCCUAAAAUCUCUGUCUUCGCUCGCGAAGUGGUUGCAGCUGGGAAAGAAGAGCAGCCGUUGCCAUACUUGUUAUUCCUACAAGGUGGACCUGGAUUUGAGAGUCCGCGGCCAACUGAAGCCAGUGGUUGGAUACAGAAAGCAUGUGAAGACUAUCGUGUUGUAUUGAUGGAUCAGCGAGGUACAGGGUUGUCAACUCCUUUGACAUCUUCAUCCAUGUUACAAUUGAAGUCUGCUGAAGAUUUGGUUGAUUACGUAAAACACUUUCGAGCUGACAGUAUAGUAUAUGAUGCUGAAUUUAUACGAGUUCGCCUUGUUCCUGAUGCUGGACCUUGGACAGUUUUGGGUCAGAGCUAUGGUGGCUUUUGUGCGGUGACCUAUUUGUGCUUUGCACAAGAGGGACUUAAACAAGUCCUCCUAACUGGAGGGAUCCCUCCAAUUGGAAGUCAUUGCACCGCAGAUGCAGUGUACCAAGCGUGCUAUGAACAGAUUAAACUUCAGAAUGAGAAGUACUACCAGAGGUACCCUGAGGAUAUUAAGAUUGUUCAAGAAGUUGUCAAAUAUUUGUCAGAGUCUGAAGGAGGAGGGGUUGAUCUUCCAUCUGGGGGCAUCUUAACCCCGAGAGGCCUGCAAACUCUUGGUCUCUCAUGUUUAGGCUCCUCUGCUGGUUUUGAGCGUUUGCACUACAUGUUUGAGACAGUCUGGGAUCCUGUAUUAGUUCCAGGAGCACCGAAACGAAUCAGUUGCAACUUCUUGGACAGUUUUGAGAAGUCCAAUGCUUUCAAGACAAAUCCACUCUAUGCUCUUUUGCAUGAAUCCAUAUACUGUGAGGGUGCUUCGUCCCGGUGGUCUGCUCACAGGAUACGGGCUGACCAUGACAGCAAAUUCGAUGCAAUCAGGGCUGCUAAAGAAUCUCGUCCUGUACUUUUCACUGGAGAGAUGAUCUUCCCUUGGAUGUUUGAUGAGUUUCAUGCCUUAAAGAAACUAAAAGAUGCUGCUCAUAUACUAGCCGAGAAGGAGGAUUGGCCUCCAUUAUACAACAUCAAUGCGCUACAUAAUAACAAGGUUCCAGUUGCAGCUGCUGUUUAUUACGAUGAUAUGUAUGUUAACUUCAAGCUGGCCAUGCAAACAGCUUCUCAGAUAGCUGGGAUUCGGUUGUGGAUAAAUAAUGAGUUCAUGCAUUCUGGUCUGCGAGACUCAGGAAGCCGGGUUUUUUCUUAUUUGAUGGGUUUGCUUAAUGGAAAGAAGCCUUUGUUUUGAUUUUAUUUAAAUUUCAGCUCCCACUUAUUUUAAAUGUUCUCCUUUGUCAUUUAUUUGUUUUCUUUUAAAUAUAUAUAUUUUCAUGAUUCA